CACACAUUGUCUUAUAUAAAUUGAUGAAUCCUUUUGGCAGAAAAAACUCAUCGAUCUUUUACAGACAAAAAAAAACCUUUGUAACAAUGGUGUCACUGAGGCUGCAGAAGCGGCUGGCCUCCAGGGUACUCAAAUGUGGUAAAAGAAAAGUGUGGCUCGAUCCCAUGGAGACGCACGAUAUUUCCACGGCUAAUUCGAGGAUGAACAUAAGAAAGCUGGUGAGGGAUGGUUACAUAAUAAAGAAACCGAAGAUAAUCCAUUCGAGGGCACGGUGCAGGGAAGCAAAGGAAGCAGAAACAAAAGGUAGGCACUCAGGACAUGGAAAGCGAAAGGGAACAAAGGAGGCAAGGCAGCCAUCGAAGACGUUGUGGAUGUGGCGGAUGAGAGCGCUGCAGCGCUUGCUUCAGAAGUAUCGAGAAGUGGAGAAGAUUGACAAGCACAUGUACCAUGAUAUGUACGUGAGGGUGAAGGGAAAUGUUUUCAAGAAUAAACGAGUGCUUGUGGAGAACAUUCACAAGGUCAAGGCCGAAGAGUCCAUGGAAGCAAAGUGGAAAGAUUGUGUCAAGAAAAACGCUAGAGAGAGAUCAUUCUUCAAUAGUAUUGCUACUCAUAAUGCAAACUCUUAUUUAAUAAUAAAAGAAUAA